GUUGAUAAUGUAUGGUUUUGUAAAGGCCAUGGUACACAUUGGCCAGUUAAAAGGAUGGGAAUUCCACUUCACUGACUUUCUUUUUUUUGGAUCACUGAUGUCUGCCACAGAUCCAGUGACAGUCCUUGCUGUUUUCCAUGAGCUGCAUGUGGAUACAGAUUUGUACACGCUCCUGUUUGGAGAGAGUGUCCUAAAUGAUGCUGUGGCUAUCGUGCUGACGUACUCUAUAUCCAUUUACAGUCCUAAGGAGAAUCCUAAUGCGUUUGAUGCUGCCGCUUUCUUCCAGUCAGUGGGAAAUUUCCUGGGGAUCUUUGCUGGAUCGUUUGCCAUGGGAUCCUCUUAUGCUGUUGUCACAGCUUUAUUGACAAAAUUUACAAAGCUGUGUGAGUUUCCCAUGUUGGAGACAGGUCUGUUUUUCCUCCUAUCCUGGAGUGCCUUCUUAUCAGCAGAAGCCGCUGGUCUUACAGGUAUUGUGGCAGUCCUUUUCUGUGGAGUCACACAGGCCCAUUAUACCUACAACAAUCUGUCAUUGGAUUCCAAAAUGAGAACUAAACAGUUGUUCGAGUUCAUGAAUUUUUUGGCUGAGAAUGUCAUCUUCUGUUACAUGGGACUCGCACUAUUCACGUUUCAAAAUCAUAUCUUCAAUCCUCUUUUUAUAACUGGUGCAUUUGUGGCAGUUUUUGUAGCAAGAGCUUGCAACAUAUACCCACUUUCUUUCCUUUUGAAUUUGGGUCGAAAACAAAAGAUUCCCAGGAACUUUCAGCACAUGAUGAUGUUUUCAGGUUUACGUGGUGCAAUAGCAUUUGCAUUGGCUAUUCGAGACACAGAAUCCCAACUCAAACAAAUGAUGUUUACAACAGCACUGCUUAUUGUGUUUUUCACAGUCUGGGUAUUUGGUGGGGGCACAACACCAAUGCUCACAUGGCUUCAGAUCAGAGUUGGCAUAGAUCCGGAUGAAGAUCUGAAAGCAGAAGCUGCAAGCCAGAGUGCAUCUAACUUGGAUAAAAGUACAACCAAAGCUGAGAGUGCAUGGCUGUUCAGAAUAUGGUAUGGCUUUGACCAUAAAUACCUAAAACCUAUCUUAACCCACACCGGUCCACCUCUCACAACAACAUUACCCGAGUGGUGUAAUCCUGUUGCCAGGCUUCUGACCAGCCCCAGUGCAUACGGCGAUCAGCUGAAGGAUGAUGACACAGAUCAUAUCAUAAAUAACGAUGAAUUAACUGAAAACUAUGAAUCAUCUGCUCACAUACCAGUGCCAGCACCGGACAGAACAGGCUCCACCCAGACUACAGGCAAGGAAGAUAUUCACGAAGGAGACCUAGGAUUAGGAGGGUAUAAACUCCAGCUUGAACACACUGCAGGUCAACCCCAGAUGAAUUCAUUGGCAUGA